CGAGGCACCCAAGUUACACAAGUGCAGUUACGAACAAUUCCGCGCGGGACUAGUAGUGCAGAAAUUUCCCUCAUUGACGAAAACUGAAUUGUCGGAACAGGUCCGGACCUCACGCCAUGCGAGUGUUGAUAGGGAAACUACAGCGCCGGUAAGAUAUUGACAGACACUGACUGAGUGAGAAUGAGACUGAAGUGCGGCGGUGAGUCCGGGUCCAGCCAGGUCCCGGGCCGGUCCGAUCCGAUCCGAUCCCGUCGUACCCGUGCAGAGGAGCAGCGGGCCGAGAGCUGCGGACGUUCGGGUCGCUCUUCUUCACGGAAAGAGCCACCAGAGCUUUGGAGACAGUGACAUCGGAGCGGGACAGGCGCUCCCGGUGCUGCGCGUUCUGCUCCCUGGACGGAGGGAGGGCUUCGAACCCCAGCUCGGACCUGUUGUUGAGGGCGGAUUUGGGCUUUAAAUUUAAUCCCAGAGCCCAGAGCAGAGCGGACACCUGUUAACGGCUCACUCGCGGUUUUGAUUCGGAGCGGUGCGAGCAGCACAGGCUGUCAGGGCACGAGGCGAGGAGGGUACAGUCACUAUAGAGACACAGUCAGUGCCGCGCCGGUACUGUCAAGUUGCGCGCGAGGGAGAUUCUCGACGCCCGCCUGGGGGUCGCGCGGUCCUGGAGCGCUUCUUUCCGCUCCUGACGACGCCGGGUAGAUGAACUGAAGUGAGCGGCUGCCGGAGCCUCCGACGACUACAACAUCGCCGUACAGACCACGCAUCACACUAGUAAAGUCGGCUGCUGCUGCUGCUGCUGCGAAAGUUGCCCGGCGUCGUUCUCCUCUCCGCAGCUCUCUGAGCGCGCAGCCGAGCGCCAUGUGGGGCAGCGGUGCGGCCGCAUGAUCAUGGGCUGCCGAUGCGCCGGGGGCUGCUGCGGGGCCGGGCUGCUCAACGAGGACAACGCGCGCUUCCUGCUGCUCGCGCUGCUCAUCGUGCUGUACCUGCUGUGCGGCGCGGCCGUGUUCUCGGCGCUCGAGCAGCCCCGCGAGCGGCAGGCCAAGGAGAAGUGGGCGCUGCGCUUCGAGCGCUUCAGCGCCGAGCACAACCUGAGCCGGGCGGAGCUCGAGGCGCUGCUGCGCUCCUACGAGGAGGCGAACCUGGCCGGGGUCCGAGUGGACGCGCGCCUCCCGCGCUGGGACUUCGCGGGCGCGCUCUACUUCGUGGGAACCGUGGUGUCCACCAUCGGUUUUGGAAUGACCACUCCUGCCACUGUAGGGGGGAAGAUCUUCCUAAUCUUCUACGGCCUCAUCGGCUGUGCCUCCACCAUCCUCUUCUUCAACCUGUUUCUGGAACGGCUCAUAACGUUGCUAGCCGUUGUGCUCCGGUCCUGCCAUGAGCUGCAGAGGAGGCGCAAGGGCGUGCUGCCCCACGACGGUCAGUCCAGUUCCAGGGCUGGUGCCAGUGGGCCGGACAGCCUGGCGGAGUGGAAGCCCUCAGUGUACUAUGUCAUGCUGAUCCUGUGCCUGGGUGCCGUGCUGGUGUCCUGCUGUGCCUCAGCCAUGUUCUCAGCUGUUGAGGGCUGGAGCUACAUGGACUCACUUUACUUCUGCUUUGUGGCCUUCAGUACCAUCGGCUUUGGGGACCUCGUGAGCAGUCAGCAGCUGAACUACGAGUACCAGGCUGCCUACCACCUGGGCAACUUCCUCUUUAUCUUCCUGGGCGUGUGCUGCAUCUACUCACUCUUCAAUGUCAUCUCCAUCGUCAUCAAGCAGAUCCUCAACUGGAUCCUACGGUGGCUUGAACGUCCAUGUGGUGGCAGCCGUUGUUGCCCUGGUAACAUCCUCCGACCACGCCGGAACCUAGUGAUGCCAAGCCAGCAACGCGCUCGCCGCAACAUCUCUAUUGAGACAGAUGGCGGGAACGAGAGCGAGGUGGAUGGACGUAGAAUGUCUGAGGAGCUGAUCUCCAUGAGGGACUUCCUGGCAGCCAACAAGGUUUCUUUGGCCAUCAUGCAGAAGCAGCUCUCGGAGACAGCCACGGGCCACCUGGGCCACUCCGUGGCUGGUACCCACCACAAUGGCUUCUCUGGGGGAGUGGGAGCUCUGGCCAUCAUGAAUAACAGACUGGUAGAGACCAGCGUUGAUAGAUGA